AUGGCAGCAAUGGCGCCGCUCCCCGCCGCCUCCCUCCUGCUCUUCCUCUGCCUCCUCGCGGCGCCGUGCCCCGGGGCGCGUGCGGCACGGUUCGCGUGCAACGCCACGGCGCCGCGGGCGUCCACGUGCCAGGCGUUCAUCUCCUACGCGCCGCCCAACGGGACGGCCACGCCCACGCUCGCCGCCGUGCGCGCGCUCUUCCAGCUCCGCUCCCACCGCGCGCUGCUGGCCGCCAACGGCCUCCCGCUCUCCACGCCGCCCACGGCGCCGGCCCCCGCGCCGCUGCGGGUCCGCCUGCCCUGCCUCUGCUCGGGCGGCGCCGGGGCCACGUUCCAGCGGCCCACGUACCGGGUCCGCGCCGGGGACACGCUCGACGCCGUCGCGCGGGGCGUCUUCGCGGGCCUCGUCACCUACCAGGACAUCGCCGCCGCCAACAACGUCUCCGACCCCAACAGGGUCGCCGUCGGACAGCAGCUCUGGAUCCCCGUGCCCUGCAGCUGCGACCCCGUGGCCGGCCAGCCCGUCGUGCACUUCACCUACGUCGUGCCCACCGGGACCUCCGUGGCCAGCAUCGCGCAGGAGUUCAGCACCACGGAGGAGACGAUUCUCGCGGUCAACAAGAUGCCCGACGCCAAGGCCCUUAUCGCCGGCCAGGUUCUUGACGUGCCACUCCGAGCUUGUGGUUCUGCCAUUAGCAGUACAGCCAUUGAUCGUAACCUUCUUGUGCCAAAUGGAAGCUACGUCCUCACCGCCAACAACUGUGUCAUGUGUGGCUGCAGCUCUAGCACCUGGCAGUUGGACUGCCAGCCAACACAGGGAUUGAGCUCGUCGUUCUGCCCUGCUGCCAAGUGUGGAGACAUGUUCCUCGGCAACACAUCCUCCACCUCAUCCUGCGAGAGCAGGACAUGCUCCUACGCCGGGUACACCAACAGCACAUCGUUCGCCAUCCUCGCUAAUGUCACCACCAGUAACGUGUGCAGCGGCUAUCUGCGGCAAGACUGA